UUUACUACUGACCUGGUUACAACAGCUCCAGAGCCAAAUGUCAAUGAAAGUAACUUCCCCUGUACUGUCCAACGAGAAGGACGGUCGUGUGAGUGAAGUCCAGGGGUCACCUUGUUUACGUAGCUUGUAAACAUCCGCUGACAGCUUGAUGCCUUGGUUUUGAGUCAAGUGAGGAUUUCCUAUAUUUUAGUACUACCUUUACGUAGAUUUGGUUAUUGGAAUUUCUCAUGCAAUUGAACAUACAUGCAGUUUUCUUGGCCUGGAGCGGCUGCACAUGGUUUAUGAUUGCGGACAAGAUCCAGCACUGAACAACAGCUGGUGAACACUAGUUGUUUCUGAGACAGCAACGAUGCCCCUAUCUUAGCCUGCUGGAAAGUGCAGGGUAGACGCCGACUGCCAGUUGCUUUCAUGCUGAGUAAGAGGUCAUCAUGGCUGAACAAUUUGGCCCCAGUCGUGGUCCGAAAAAGAAGAAGCCCAAAUUCUCCGCCAAUGUCGUUGGCACACGGUCGACCUCUGUCGGUACAUCCCAAGACCCUGACAAUGUGCCACGAAGCAGGCGAGAACUUGUGGUAUCUGAUUUCAGGAGUAAACUAUGUGAUGUGAUGUCUACAUUAGAAAGGGAGUACGAGGCUCUGUAUCUGGAGAAUGAAGCCCUUCGCAAGCGAGUCGAUGAACUGUCUGACCUGCUGGAGAGUAACGGCAUCCGAGCAGACGGUAAUCCCAGUUCCCUGCCCACCACAUUGGAGGAUGGCGCUGAAACACACACACCACCGCCACCGUCAUCUUUGCCAUCCACUGUCAUGGCUGCAUCCUCCACGGCCACUGCCACUGCCACUACUCCGGUUGGUAACAAGUUGCCACUUGGUGCUUCACCGCCGCGACGGCCUACAACGUCUGCCCCUGUGCCAAUAGCACACGCACCUAACCUAGCCACCACCAAUGCCGUAACCAAGUUCAAUGCCACCUCACCGAAACUUGUCAAGAAGCUCUCGUCAUCCAGCCGAGUAACUCGCUUCAAGACGACCUAUCGAGCAGGAGCUAACAAGAUUCGGCGUGCGGCAACGUUUGCAACUGUCGAAGUCCGCCGCAGCUUGCAAGGCCACACGGACGGCGUAUGGGACGUUGCCCAUUCACCCGUCACCAACGUGAUUGGCACAGCGUCCGCUGACCGCUCGGCUCGUAUUUGGUGCACGGAAAGCACUACAUGUCUCAUGAAGUACCAGGGUCACUCUGGAUCGGUGAACUCCGUCCGUUUCCAUCCCAACAGCACGAUGGCCUGCUCAGCAUCGGGUGAUGGCCAGAUUCAUCUCUGGCGAACGCCAUCAGCAGGCCCAUCUUUUGCAAACAAUCACAUAGCGAAAUCGGUCAGCCAGGGCAACGUUCCACCACCAUCGUCCAUACCCCUUUCUCCAUCGGCUGACACCAUAAUCGGAUCUUCGUCGGGAGCUGCGAGUGGUGGCUUUUACACGGACAUGAGCAACAUUGCCAACUGGGCGCAGAGCCAGGACUCGCAUGCGCCGGCGGCGCCGGCGGAUGACGACGAAGUCACGACGUGCGGCGAGCGUCUGAACGAGGAGCAGGCGGAGAACCUGGAGAAGUGCCACGUCACUCGCACCCCGGUCACCCACCUCUCCGGUCAUGUGGGUGUUGUCACAGCAGCACAUUGGCUAGCUGAUGGCGAUCACAUCGCGUCUGCGUCCUGGGACAGGACACUCAAGCUCUGGAAUGCGGAGACGUCACAAUGCGUAUCGACGUUGACAGGUCAUGACCAGGAACUGACAAAUGUUACCUGUCACUCCAGUGAGAAGCUAGUGCUGACCUCGGCUCGCGACAUGACAUUUCGAAUGUGGGACCUGAGCUCAUUCGACUGCCAUCCCGUGCAUGUGCUGCAGGCACAUUCAGGCACUGUGACCAGCGCGAUCUUCUCAUCUAAAGGACACGUGAUCAGUGCCAGUGACGAUAGAACAGUCAAGGUGUGGGAUAUGCGGCAGAUGCGAUCUCCCACAGUAACGAUCCGAGCAAGCACUCCAGUGAACAGAAUUGCUGUGUCAUUAGAUGCUCAGCUUGUGGCCCUACCACAGGAUAAUAGGCAUAUUCGCGUAUUUGACAUCAACGGUGUGCGUCUCGACAAGAGUAGCCAAAAGCGGGGACAUUGCCGGAUGGUCACAGCGGCAGUAUUCAUUCCCGGUGACGAUUCUCCCGAAAACUUCUACUCCGUGGGCUUUGAUAACCGCUUGAUUGGCUGGAGUGUCUCCUUACCUGGUAACUAGGUGAAGCUGGCCGUAGUCGCACACUUUCUUACCCAGUAGCUGAGCAUGGCUGGCCCUAACCGCACACAACUCCUUACCCGCUAACUGGGCAGGCUGGCAAUCAUCCACCCCUGGCCGCCGCCCCUCCGUUGUACUCGUACAUACUUGACUUCCCUGCUCUCGCUGCAUUCCCGCUGCUCUGCGGAUUGCAGUAGCCCGUUGUAACUUGUCGUCCUCACCUGUUUGCCGACAGUAGGCACGGUGUACUGGUAUCUUCGUUUUAAAUGUUUUCCCGCUUGACAAUUGUACAUAGACUGGCUCUAUUUAAUAUCUCUGUAGCACGCUUGUAGCCGUUUGCUCUGUUUUGUUUUGGUAUGAAAUUACAGUCUUAAUUUUCCCUGCACAUACGACGAAAACGCCUGAGUUCAUUUCAGCCAUCGCAACUCCCUGUUGUUGAUUUUUUUUAAAUCUCUAGCAUGUAGCCACAUGAUCACGAUAUUCACGGAGGGAAAUCUCUUUCCUGCAAUCCAUGCUCAUUACUUUAGGGUGACGCACCCAAACCCUGGUUGGAUACGACUCCUCGACAUUAUCUCACGAUACGCAUACUGAAAGUAUCCACAUGUGCGUGUACAUGUACAUGUACGGCUGCAGAUUGCCACAAUGUAGACCAGGGUCCAGGGAAUACUGUACAAUCAUAUAGAAAGUGGUUUUCAGUACUCCACGAUGUCCCCGA